AUGCCGGGAGAAGACAUAGAAGAAUCGGAUAAAGAAAAGGAGAGCGGUACAUUCAAGGAUGAAGCAGUCCAGCAAGGAAAGACUCCGAAGAUCAAGGACCAAGUAGAUGCCAAAGCCGAAAGCAUGCUAAAAGCUUCGCAGGGCGAGGAUGCAAAUUUGGCUUUGGAGGCUCAGAAGAAAACAAAAAAAGCCCUCCGAGACAAGAAGAAGAGUGCCGAAGAUGAUGAUGAUGACGACCCUCGGUCGCCUGAUUCCGUCCCUGAGAGAGGGCGGGGGAGGGGAAGGGGUGGCAAGGGUCGGGGGAAGGGAAAGAAGAAGAAAGAUGAUGUUUUGAAGAGGCCGGCUGCUCGUUCGGAGCCUGAAGCCUCAGCGAAGAAGGCCAAGCAUGUUCCAGGAGAGGACAAGGAAGAAAUGGAGGAGCAAGAGGAAGAGGAAAAUGCUCCCGAGCCACCGGAGCAUAAGAAGGAGGGAGCCCAGAAGUCCCCCAAGGAUAAGAAGGAUGAACCCCAGAAGUCCCCGAAGGAUAAGAAGAAAGAUCCCCAGAAGUCCCCCGAGGAUAAGAAGAAAGAUCCCCAGAAGCCAGAGGACAAAGACACAGAUUCUCAGAAGCCGAUUGACAAGGUUGGAGGGUACAUGACUGAACUCCGGGAGGUCAAAGCGCAUUGGGCCCCCAAGUUCCGGGAGUUGGCAAAGAAGGACGACCGUUUGGAGCUGGACGAGCUCGUCAUGGACUAUUCGAUUGGAGGGUUCACACCAUCUUCCGGACACUGGUAUGUGACCGAUCCUGACCCGGGGCGAAUUCCUGGAUUGAACCACAAAUACAAGACGGACUUUGCUAUCAACCAGAAGAACGGCCUCACCAUGGGAUGGAACCACUUCGACAGCUUUGAGCUUUCGCCUGGCACCCAAAAGUUCGUUCGGAAUUGGGGUCAGCUAGAGUUGCAUCAAGGUGGAAGGCUGCUUUACAUGCAGCUGGGUGGCAGCUGUGAAUGGGCCAUCGAAAGAGGCAUGGCUGAGUGGAUGUUAAGCGAGCUGGCUUUGUCUCGUGAGUGCUUGCUUGCAUUGGCCUAUGCUGGCUUUCCAAGCUUGAUGUUACACCUUGUCGACUACGUGGCCCAGAAUGCGACUGGAUCCAACCGAGUUCGAGCUGAAGCCUCGGUAUUGAUUGCCUUUAUCUGGGGCUCCUUGUGCUCAAUGGUGCCUAGGCUCGGCCUGGUCCGUGCCGUGAACAAAGUCUUACGAAUCCAGAGAAAAGGCCUGCUGGCCUGUGCCCUGCCCUGCAACUCGUGGGUGUUCAUGAAUCGCUCAACCUCGGGGCGGCGAUGGUGCAUAUUCGGCACACCCAAAUAUGCCUACGUGAAGAAGGCAAAUGUUAGCAACUCGGACCGUGCUGCUGUGCCUGCUGGCAUGUAUGCGGUGUGUGCACUGGACGAUCGAACAACCUUCAAGCCGUGGCUGCCAUCGAUGUUUCAACGCCUGACCAAGAGCAAGAAGAAGGAGCUGAAACUUUCUUCGAAGGGAGUUUCAAAGCGAUACAAGCAGAAGGGUACUGGCAAGAAAGUUGUGAGCCGACCUCAGCAGGGAGGGCCGAAGCUGAAAAACACGCAGACCUACCCGGCUGGCUUUGGGGAAGCAAUUGCCUCCUACCACGUCGAAGUGAUCGCUGGGCUCCAGCUGUGUCCGAGCCGCACAGAGCUUGCCGGUGGUGGAGCCGCCCUUUGCCCGCCAGCGGCAGUCCCGGGUCGAAUCUACUUCCGAGACUUCUUCGCCCCCAUCCAGGAAAUGGUGAGAUCCUUUGUGGUACUUGUUUGUUUGGACGCAAUGCUCGAGUCCUACGACAGCAGCAAAGAAGAUGCCCAGAAUCCUUUCCCGGAGUAUGAAGAGACGCCGCCUGGAAAGAGAACUUUCCAAUCCAAGAAAGCUGGCCGGGAGCCGCUGAGUGUCGACUCCGCUGCCACACUAGUUGUGGAAACCCCGCCGCCGAAGCUCAAGCGGCCCGGAUCGACCGACUUGUCAGGAUCUCUCUCAAAGAAGGCACAGAAGAAACUCGAGGCAGAGUUUGAGGAGGCUGAUAGCAGCCAGUGCCCGGAGGAUGCAGACACCACAGCCAAAGAAGCCACCAAAGGCAACAAAGAGGCCGAUCACACGCCCAAGACGAAGCCCAGCAAGGACUCUGAAAACGAGAAGCAGGCCCCGACCAAGACCAAGCCCAAGAAGGACUCUGGCAAAACACCCGCGACCAAGCCCAGCGAGAAGGCUGACAGCAAAGCACAGGCCAAGGCCAAGCCCGCCAAGGACUCUGGCAAAACAGCCCCGAACAAGCCCAGCAUCAACAAUGAAAGCGAGACCGAGGAGCCCCAGGACAAGAAAGCUAGGUCCAGUAAGGAUCCCAUGCCCAAGUCUUCCCCCAAGAAAUCUUCGAAGAAACCCGGUGCCAAGCCGGUGUCCCCAGAGACAAGCAAGGCAAACCAGAAGGAUCAGCAGGAGCAGGAGGACACGAGCAUCGACGAGAAGAAAAAGAUAGCACACAGGAUGUACAUGCGAUUCUACAGAAGUGUCCACAGCCGCACCGCCCCCAAGGAGAUCAAGUCUGCCUUCGAGCAGUCCAAGUACUGCAACAUGUUUGCACUAAGUAAGAACAAGAUGAGCAGUUUGUACGAGGAUUUCCUCCAGACGGAGGGGAACUGGAGAAAUUCUAUGGUGUACAAGAGCAUCAAGUCCACCACCCGCAAUGGACGUCGCGGCAUUCGCCGCUGGCUCACGAAGAGCCAAAUGCUGACCGUGUUCGACACCGCCGAAAUCGUGGACAGCAUUAUCGCCCGCAAGGAGACGGACGAGUACCUUCGGUCCACGGAAGUCAGGGAGCACCCAGACUGCCCAGGCCUCAUGCAGUACUUGGUGCUUGUCGAUGAGGAAGUGACAGACGAGGACGUGGAUGAGAUCGAGGACAUGUUCCGGACGGAGGAUGCAUCUUCCAACGGCGACACAGACGACGACAGCGAGGACGACGACGACGACGACGACGAGGACAGUGACAAGUCGAAGCCGAAGUCCAAAGGAAAAAAAAACAAGAAGAAUAAGAAGGACAAGGGAGACAAGUCGCCGGAGGAUGUGGAGAAGGAACAGGAGAAAGAGCGAUUCAAGAAAACAAAGCAGGAAGCCAACAAGGUGAUUGGCCAGCUUAGCAAGAUGAUCCGCGAGCACAACAUAAAGGUCGGAGAGUUGGAAGGUUUGUUUCGGGCUAAGAGCAAGACUGUGCAGAACGCCGUUCGGAAGGAGGUCAAUGAUGCAAUCGCACAGCUCACGACCUGCAGAGCAAACUUGCAGGCUGCUAUCGAUGGGCAUCAGGAGGAGCAGAUGUUGUCGAUGACCGACACCGCCAAGGAUCUGAUGAAGAAGAUGGAGGGCUCAGUGCUUGUUUUCGGCAAGAAGAAAAGUGCUGUCCCGACUUCAUCAGAAAUGGUCUUUGACAUGAUCGACAAUGACGCUGCUGGUGCUGUGCUGCCCGCCCCGCUGGUGAAGAUGGGAUCCUUCUGUGGCAAGAACAAUGCCCGUGACUUUGCACGAUCUGUUCGGCUUCCCGUGGCCCCUGAUUACGUGGAAACCAUCGUCAAGAAGAAGGCUGAUUCGGAGGAAGAAGUACGUGUAAAGAUUCCGGUUCUUCUCCCCCACCGCAUACUGGCCUAUGUGUUUGACGAGCUGGGCCUCCAUAUCAGUACAGAUGCCCUAUCCAAGUAUUGGAAGCACUGCAAGCGCUACUGUCCCUGGGCUUCCGAUCCCUCUUUCGAUGGGACUCACAUCCCUGUAACACUCUACGGGGACACGGCUCGAUAUGGGCAAGGCUACGAUCAAAGCAAAGUGACAGGUUGCUUUUUGAUGUUUUUGGUGGAGAAUGGGUACUUUGGCGACCCGAGCGCCAAUUCCUUGCACAAGCUCUUGGUUGUUGCCUUCCGCGAUUUCAAGACGUUCCAAAGGCAGAAGGGUGUAUGGAAGCCGGAAAAGCAUGGGGCCCACAUGGCUCACAAGGGAUACAACGGCCGAAUUAUCGCAAUGCAAUCGCUCUGCCAGUGGUUUGACGCCGUCGAAAGAUUCCCCGUGUACCUGCUGCUCGACUUGGGUGUUCGACGACUGCACAAGCAGAUGAAAUCUACGAUCACGGAAUGCGGUCUCAACAUCCGGCUGCACCACACGUUUCGAGAAGAAGAUGCUAUGCGGUGGCUGAAAGGUGUCUGA